CAAAACCGGCCCCCAUCCCCUACAGUUUUCCUCUCACCAUUUCCUUCGUCUCUCCUCCCAAAUCCUCCCCUCAACACCCUCAUCGUUUCCCGAAAUGGAGCUCAAAUCUUUAUCAGCGGCGUCGGAUUCUCCCUCAACCGGUGAAACUCGGUGAAAUUAUUGGGAUUCCAGUGCUUUGAGAUGGAAAGCUCGAGCUUUUCUAAGAGAUCACAGAGCAGUAACGGGAAAUCCUCGUCAAUCAAAGAUUCUAGAAAUUUUAAUGAAAUUUUAUCGCUAACGGAUGCUUCUCUCGGGAGAAAGAUGGGAACUUUGGGUGUGUCUAAGAGGCUACUGAGAAAUUUUAGCCAAAACUUGAAGAAAAAGAACAAGAAAAAUAGGAAAAGGGACGACCUUGGUAGCUUUCUUAUUGAAGAGAGGGCACUAGAGAGACCCUCUUCCAAUUGCUUCAGCCUUUACAUUAAAGGUGGUGGGUGUAGUAGAGUAGGCUCUUGCGAAGAAAUCGACAUAAACAGUUUGAGAAAAUUAAGCAUCUCCGAAGAUUGCCUUCCGGCUAAGGCGAUUGAGAAGAGAAAUUCGAGGAAAUCGAAGGCCUUAGAGCCCGAAAUCUCACUUCCCACUGAUGUAAUAGAGAGGAUAUUGGUUAGGCUCCCCCUAAAAACUCUUGUAUCAUCACGACUCGUGUGCCGAAAGUGGAAUCAAAUGAUAAUUUCACCGUAUUUCGCGCGGCUGAGAUCGAGAUGUGGUUAUAACAAUCCAUGGUUGUUCUUGUUUGGAUUAACGAGGAAAGGUGUCCAUCUUGGGGAGGUUUUUGCUUUGGAUGUUGGUGAAGAUUGUUGGUAUGUUAUUCGAAAUGAGUUGUUAGAGGAGAGGGUUUUGUACUCAGUUGCUAGCAUUGGGAUGGAUGUUUAUAUUGUUGGCGGGCGCACUGGUUUAAGAACGCAUGAAGGGGUUUUAAUGUUUAGUCCUUUGACAAACACAUGGAAUGAAAUUUCUCCGAUGAAGGUGGCAAGAUCCGAAUCUGUGUUGGGUGUCUUUGAAAUGAGUUCUAAUUGUAGUAUUUUCCAAAAAAGAAAGAACAGGCAAAGCCAAAAUCGGCUCAAGUUCAAGACUCGUAAUUGUGGGGUUUCUGAGGUAUACGAGGACCCUCAUAGAUUCUCUCUUCGACGACAAUUUAGGGAUGCUUUCAAUGAGAGCCCUAGUUCAGUAGAAACCAGGAGAGAACCAUCCAAGGUAGAUGUACAACAGGUCAAUAAUCAACCCAAAUUCGCUUUGAUUGUUGUUGGAGGUGUUGGAUCACUCUCUGAGCCUCUCCGUUCAGGAGAAAUCUAUGAUCCUGCAACCGAUAAUUGGACGGAGAUUUCAGGAUUACCUGAAGAACUCGGGUCGGUUAGCUCUGGUGCUGUUUGUAAUGGGAAGUUUUAUGUUUAUUCAUUCGUGUCUAACAAAAUUGCGAGCUAUGAUCUCGAGAGAGGCUUUUGGGUUUUAAUCCACACAUCUCAACCUCCUCUCUGUAUCCGACCAUACAGACCAAAGCUCGUUUCUUGUACAAAUCGUCUCUUCAUGUGUUGUGUUUGUUGGUCAGAAGGAGACGAGCAAGUUGCAAGAAAGCUUUUUGAGCUCGAUACUGUGGCAAAUUAUUGGAGUGAAGUGUCAAGACAUCCAGAUGCGCCGAUGGAUAAAUACGCGACGUUUGUAGCGGUCGGAGAGAGGAUUUAUGGGUUGGAUAUGUUUAGGGUUUUUGGUCAGGCAUUGGAUUUUUUAACGGCGUGUAAUGUUUCUAAUGAUGAGAUGGGGUGGAGUCGAGUUACAAGGAAGCACGCGGGUCAUGAAGCGUGUGAUUUCUCGUGCAGAACGAAGUCGAUGGUAAUCCUAAAUUUGUAAUUUUUAUCCUGUUGCUUUUUCUUUUCUUUUUUAUCUGUAUGUUAAUUUUUAUUCUGAUAGGGGAAACAUUAUAAAAUUUACUAUUUGUUGGUU